AUGGCCACCUUCAUUUUCAGGUCUAACAAAAUGGUCCAUGCCUUGACCUGGUUUUGUCUCAUGCUAAUGAUUCAUAAGGGUGCGGCUUAUGAGUUCAUAGUUGGUGGCCAAAAGGGUUGGAGUGUUCCAAGUGAUUCCAGUUACAAUCCUUUCAAUCAAUGGGCUGAAAAGAGCCGUUUUCAAGUAGGAGACUCUCUAGUGUUCAACUACCAAUCUGGCAAAGAUUCAGUGCUAUAUGUAAAGAGUGAUGACUAUGCAAGUUGCAAUGUUGGUUCACCUUAUGCAAAAUACUCUGAUGGUCACACAGUCAUCAAACUCAACCAAUCAGGACCUCAUUUCUUCAUCAGUGGAAACAAAGACAACUGUGCCAAAAAUGAGAAAAUAACAGUCAUUGUUCUGUCGGACAGAAGCAACAGCAACAGCGGCGGUUCAUCAAACACAAACCAAACAAGCAAUGCUUCUCCACCUUCACCACAAUCAUCAUCAUCACCUCCUUCACCAUCUCCUUCUAAGCCAGAUGAUCAAUCUCCAUCUCCAGAUACAAACCAAACACCAUCUACUAGUGAUCAUGGUCAUCCUCCUCGCAACGGUGCUGCUUCAGUCUUUGUCAACCUAGCUGGUUCUGUUGGAACACUCAUGGCUUCUGUUCUUAUUUUAUCUAAGUAUUGA